AUGGAGCUGGCGAAUGGGACCACCGUGCAGGAAUUCAUCCUUCUGGGCUUUGGAGUUGGACAACAGGGACGCCUGCUCCUUCUCAUCCUGUUCACAGCUGUGUACACCCUCACUUUAGCUGAGAACUUUGUCAUUAUCAUGAUAGUAGUUCUAGACCCUCAUUUGUCCCAUCUUCCCAUGUACAUUCUUCUGAGCAACUUCUCCUGGCUAGAGAUGUGUUAUGUUACAGCCACCGUGCCACGGAUGCUCUUUGACUUGGCAUCCCAUCAUGGGAUCAUUUCCUUCAAUGCCUGCUUCAUCCAGUUUUAUGUCUUCUUCUCUCUUGGCACUACUGAAUGCCUCUUCCUCUCAGCCAUGGCCUUGGAUCGGUACUUGGCCAUCUGCCACCCACUACGCUACCCUCAAAUUAUGUCCCAAGAUUUCUGUUAUGCCCUGGUAGGUUCUUGCUGGAUCCUUGGCUUCCUGUGGUAUGUUGCACCAGUGUUUUUGAUCUUCAGCUUGUCCUUCUGUGGUCCCAACACCAUUGAUCACUUUGUGUGUGACUCUGGCCAACUCCUGGCCUUGGCUUGCCCUCCAUUGGGAUCCAUCCCCCUCUUCUGCUACAUCGUCACCUCCUCCGUGGUUCUGGCCACCUUCCUCUUCAUCCUCAUCUCCUACGCAUUUGUAGGUGUCACCCUGGUGAAAGCCUCUAGUCCAAGCAGUAGCAUCAAGGGCUUCUCCACUGUAUCUUCCCACUUAGCAGUGGUGACGAUUUUCUAUGGCUCUGUGGCAGCAAUGUAUAUAGGACAUGGUGGAGAAAGUAACUCUGAGAAUAUGAAGGUCAUGACUCUCUUUUACUCUGCUGUCACUCCUUUGCUUAAUCCUCUGAUCUACUGUCUCAGGAAUGACCAGGUGAAGGAAGCAGUGGCCAAACUCUUGAGAAGGAAGAGGAUAACUGGAGGGAAGAGGGAGGGGAAUUCAUAG